GCUGUUUAAAUGGUACGACUCUGAAUUUGACGGGGGUCAUUUGGACAGUUCGUUUUUGGAGUACCUCGUCGACGCCGGCCGCUCCAGACCCUAACUUUCCAAACCCAAAGCUCCCCUCAACACACAUUUCUUCACUCAUUUGGCCCUCCAACUCAAUCCAAGAUGUCCAAGAAGGCCCCGUCCGAUGAUGAGAAGUUCCUCUUUGUGGACAAAGACUUCCUGAACAGCCCCAUGGCUCAGGCUGACUGGUCCGCAAGGAAGCUGGUGUGGAUCCCGUCUGAGAAGCAUGGCUUCGAGGCGGCCAGUAUCAAGGAGGAGCACGGCGACGAGGUGCUGGUGGUGCUGGCUGACAGUGCCAAGAAGCUGACGGUCAACAAGGACGACAUCCAGAAGAUGAACCCGCCCAAGUUCAGCAAGGUGGAGGACAUGGCGGAGCUCACCUGCCUGAACGAAGCCUCCGUGUUGCACAACAUCCGCGAGAGGUACUUCUCUGGACUUAUUUACACGUACUCCGGCCUGUUCUGCGUGGUGGUGAACCCCUAUAAAAUGCUGCCCAUUUACUCAGAGAAGAUCAUCGACAUGUACAAAGGGAAGAAACGACAUGAAGUCCCCCCUCAUAUCUACGCCAUCGCUGAUAAUGCCUACAGGAACAUGAUGCAAGAUCGAGAGGACCAGUCCAUUCUCUGCACUGGAGAGUCCGGUGCCGGAAAGACGGAGAACACCAAGAAGGUCAUCCAGUAUCUGGCUCUUGUGGCCUCCUCACAUAAAGGCAAGAAGGACAGCAGCGCUACGGGGAGCUGGAAGAAGCAGCUCCUGCAGACCAAUCCCAUCCUGGAGGCCUUCGGAAAUGCCAAGACCAUCAAAAACGACAACUCAUCCAGAUUUGGUAAAUUCAUCCGUAUCAAUUUUGAUGUGACCGGCUACAUCGUUGGAGCCAAUGUUGAGACUUACCUGCUGGAGAAAUCUCGCUGUAUCAGACAAGCAAAGACAGAAAGAGCCUUUCACAUCUUCUACUACAUGAUUGCCGGUGUCCAGGGGAACAGCGCGGAGCUUCUCCUGGAGCCUUUUAGUAACUACGCUUCCUGAGCGCUGGUCACGUUCAGCUCCCCCGGCCAGCAGGACGAUGAGAUGUACGAGGAGACCAUGGAGGCCAUGAGGAUCAUGGGCCUGACCGAUGAAGAGAGACUCGAUAUCCUGAAGGUGUGCUCCACCGUCAUGCAGCUGGGAAACAUUGAGUUCAAGAAAGAGAGGAACCAGGAGCAGGCCACCAUGCCAGACAACACCGUGGCCCAGAAGGUGUGUCACCUGCAGGGUAUCAAUGUGACAGACUUCACUGGGGCAAUCCUCACCCCUCGCAUCAAGUGGGCAGAGAUGGUGGUGCAGAAGGCCCAAACCAAAGAGCAGGCCGACUUUGCUAUUGAAGCUCUGGCUAAAGCCGUGUUUGAGCGGCUCUUCCGCUGGAUCCUGGGCAAAGUCAACAGGGCGCUGGACAAAACCAAACGCCAGGGGGCCUCCUUCCUGGGAAUCCUCGACAUCGCCGGCUUUGAGAUCUUUGAGGACAACUCAUUUGAACAGCUGUGCAUCAAUUACACCAACGAGAAGCUGCAGCAGCUCUUCAACCACACCAUGUUCGUGCUGGAGCAGGAGGAGUACCAGAGGGAGGGCAUCGAGUGGAGCUUCAUCGACUUUGGCCUGGACCUGCAGCCCUGCAUCGAGCUCAUCGAGAGGCCGAACAACCCUCCAGGCGUCCUGGCGCUGGACGAAGAGUGCUGGUUCCCCAAAGCUACAGAUGUCUCCUUUGUGGAGAAACUCAUGAACACACAAGGGAACCAUAUCAAAUUUGCCAAAACUAAACAGCUCAAGAGCAAGAGGUUUUCUCUGUUCCAUUAUGCUGGGAGGGUGGACUAUAACGCCACCGCCUGGCUGACCAAGAACAUGGACCCUCUGAAUGACAACGUCACAUCGCUGCUCAACAACUCCUCCAGCCAGUUUGUGCAAGACCUCUGGAAAGAUGCGGACAGAGUGGUAGGUCUCGACACCAUAGCCAAGAUGUCAGACAGCUCUAUGCAGAGCGGCUCAAAGACCAAGAAGGGAAUGUUCCGCACGGUGGGACAGCUCUACAAGGAGUCUCUGGCCAAACUCAUGACCACACUGCACAACACCCAGCCCAACUUCGUGAGGUGCAUCAUCCCCAACCACGAGAAGAAGGCCGGCAAGCUGGAUGCGUUCCUGGUCCUGGAGCAGCUGCGGUGUAACGGCGUGUUGGAGGGGAUCAGGAUCUGCAGACAAGGAUUCCCCAACAGAAUUGUCUUCCAGGAGUUCCGCCAGCGUUAUGAGAUCCUGGCUGCAAACGCUAUCCCCAAAGGUUUCAUGGACGGCAAACAGGCCUGCUGCCUGAUGAUCAAGCACCUGGACUUGGACCCCAACCUGUACAGGAUCGGACAGAGUAAAAUCUUCUUCCGCACAGGAGUGCUGGCCCAGCUGGAGGAGGAGAGAGACCUGAAGAUCACCGUGGUCAUCAUCGCUUUCCAGUCGCAGGCUAGAGGCUUCCUCGCCAGAAAGGCAUUUUCCAAGAGGCAACAGCAGCUCACAGCCAUGAAGGUGAUCCAGAGGAACUGCGCUGCCUACCUCAAACUCAGAAACUGGCAGUGGUGGAGGCUCUUCACAAAGGUCAAGCCUCUGCUGCAAGUGACCCGACAGGAAGAGGAGAUGGGUCUGAAGGAUGAAGAGCUGACGAAAGCCAAAGAAAGCACUAUAAAGUUUGAAUCGGAGCUGAAGGAGAUCUCCCUGAAACACACAUCGGUUUUGGAGGAGAGGAACGCACUGCAGGAGCAGCUCCAAGCAGAGACAGAGCUGUACGCCGAGGCUGAGGAGAUGAGGGUUCGUCUGGGAGCUAAGAAGCAGGAGUUGGAGGAGAUCCUCCACGAGAUGGAGGCCAGACUGGACGAAGAGGAAGAACGUGCUCAGGCUCUGUUAGUGGAUAAGAAGAAAAUGCAGCAGCAGAUGCAGGAAUUGGAAGAGCAUUUGGAGGAGGAGGAAAUUGCCCGUCAGAAGCUGCAGCUUGAGAAGGUGACCUGUGAGGGGAAGGUCAAAAAGCUGGAGGAUGACAUUUUGGUGAUGGAGGACCACAACAACAAGCUGCUGAAGGAGAGGAAGCUGAUGGAGGAGAGGGUCGCAGACUUCAGUUCCAACCUGGCAGAGGAAGAGGAGAAGUCGAAGAACCUAACCAAGCUUAAAAACAAACACGAGUCCAACUCUGAACUGGAGGUCCGUUUGAAAAAGGAGGAGAAGGGUCGACAGGAGCUGGAUAAGGCUAAGCGUAAGUUGGAAGCAGAGUCUAAUGACAUGCAAGAGCAGAUAGCCGACCUGCAGGCCCAGAUCGCUGACCUCAAAGCCCAGCUCGCAAAGAAGGAGGAGGAGUUACAGAACGCCUGUGCCAGGUUAGAAGAUGAGACAGCUCAGAAGAACAACGCUCUAAAAAUCAGAGAGCUGGAGGGACACAUCUCCGACCUGCAGGAGGACCUGGACUCUGAGCGGGCGGCCAGGAACAAAGCAGAGAAGAUCAAACGGGACCUCGAGGAGCUGGAGGCCCUCAAGUCCGAGCUCGAGGACACCUUGGACUCCACUGCCACACAGCAGGAACUGAGGGCCAGAAUACGUGAGCAGAGGUGAACCUGCUUAAGAGCCAUUGACGACGAGAGACCGGACCCACGAGCCCAGGUUCAGGAGAUGAGACAGAAACACACGCAGUUUGUGGAGGAGCUCACAGAGCAAGCUGGAGCAGUCCAAACGAUUAAAACCUGGAUAAGGCUAAACAAGCCUCUGGAGAAGGAGACGUCAGAAUUGACCAUAGAGGUGCGCUCACUCAACCAGGAACAAGACGGCGAGCACAAGAGGAAGAAGCUGGAGGGUCAGGUGACCGAUCUGCAGACACGCUUCACCGACAGCGAGAAGCAGAGCGAGCUGGGAGAAGCGCUGCUCAAGAUCACUGUUUAGCUGGAGAGUGUGACAGUCAUACUGAACGAAGCAGAGGGAAAGAACAUCAAACUGAGCAAAGAUGUUUCCAGCCUUACCUCACAGCUCCAAGACUCGCAGGAACUGCUGGCUGAAGAGACGCGUCAGAAGCUGCAGUUCUCUACAAAGCUGCGGCAAGCAGAGGACGACAAGAACAGUUUGCAGGAGCAGCUGGAGGAGGAGAUGGAGGCCAAGAGGAACGUGGAGAGACACGUGUCCACCCUCAACAUCCAGUUGUCAGAUUCAAAGAAGAAGCUCGACGAAAUGACGGGAAACGUCGAGCUGCUGGAAGAAAAUAAGAAGCGUCUGCAAAGAGAUUUGGAGGCAGCGAACACGCAGUUUGAGGAGAAGGCCUCCGCGUACGACAAGUUGGAGAAGACCAAGAACCGUCUGCAGCAGGAGCUGGAGGACACGCUGAUGGACCUGGACAACCAGAGGCAGAAUGUGUCCAACCUGGAGAAGAAGCAGAAGAAGUUUGACCAGAUGCUGGCAGAGGAGAAGAGUAUCUCCAGUAAAUAUGCAGAUGAGAGAGACCAUGCAGAAGCCGAGGCCAGAGAGAAGGAGACGAAGGCUCUUUCCCUGGCCAGAGCUCUGGAUGAGGCCCAGGGUUCAAGAGAGGAGCUGGAGAGAGCCAACAAGUCCCUGAAGAUGGAGAUGGAGGACCUGAUCAGCUCCAAGGACGAUGUGGGAAAAAACGUCCACGAGCUGGAGAAGUCCAAGCGAGGCCUGGAGGGGCAGGUGGAGGAGAUGAAGACCCAGCUGGAGGAGCUGGAGGACGAGCUGCAGGCGGCUGAGGACGCCAAGCUGCGUCUGGAGGUCAACAUGCAGGCCCUGAAGGCCCAGUUCGACAGAGACCUGCUGGGACGAGAUGAGAUGGGAGAGGAGAAGAAGAGGCAGCUCAUCAAGCAGGUCCGUGAGCUGGAGACAGAGUUGGAGGACGAGCGUAAACAGAGAACCCUGGCGACCGCAGCCAAGAAGAAGUUAGAGACGGACAUGAAAGAUAUGGAGGGACAGGUCGAGGCGACCAGUAAGGGACGAGACGAGGCCAUCAAGCAGCUCCGCAAGCUCCAGGCCCAGAUGAAGGACUACCAGAGGGAGUUGGACGAUGCCCACGCUGCCAGAGAGGAGGUGCUGACCACCGCAAAGGAGAGUGAGAAGAAGGCCAAGGGUCUGGAGGCCGAGCUCAUGCAGCUACAGGAGGAUCUGGCCGCAGCUGAAAGAGCACGGAAGCAGGCGGAGGCAGAGAGAGACGAGCUGUCUGACGAGCUGUCCAGCAACUCCUCUGGAAAGUCCGCCUUGGCAGAUGAGAAACGCCGUCUGGAGGCUAAGGUCUCCCAGCUGGAGGAGGAGCUGGAGGAGGAGCAGAGCAACAUGGAGAUCAUCAACGACAGACUGAGGAAGAGCACACAGCAGGUGGAUCAGCUGAACAACGAGCUGCAGACGGAGCGCAGCACCUCCCAGAAGAACGAGAGCGCACGGCAGCAGAUGGAGCGCCAGAACAAGGAGCUGAAGGCCAAGCUGCAGGAGAUGGAGAACCAGGUCAAGUCCAAGUUCAAGUCCUCCAUCUCUGCCUUGGAGGGCAAAGUGGUACAGCUGGAGGAGCAGCUGGAGCAGGAGAACAGGGAGAAGCAGGCGUCUGCGAAGGGUCUGCGCCAGAAGGACAAGAAGCUGAAGGAACUGAUUAUUCAGGUGGAAGACGAGAGAAAGCAGGCCGAGCAGUACAAAAGACAGGCAGAGAAGUCGAAUACCCGCAUGAAGCAGCUGAAGCGGCAGCUGGAGGAGUCGGAGGAGGAGUCUCAGCGCGCUACAGCCGCCCGCAGGAAGCUGCAGCGCGAGCUGGAUGAAGCCACCGAGGCCAGCGACGCCAUGAGCCGCGAGGUCAACUCUCUGAAGAGCAAACUCAGGCGUGGAAACGAGCCCUCCUUUGGCAGCACAUCCCGGCGUAGUGGCGGAGGCCGAAGGGUGGUGGACGACGCCUCCGAGGAGGAGGCCGACUCCCAGGGCAACUUCAAUGGAACCAAGCCUGCGGAGUGAGGGACGUCAAAUAACCAAAUAUCAGCAUUUUCUUCCUUCUGCCACUUUACCAAAAAAUAACUUCAAGCCUAUAUAGUUCUUCCACAUCACAUCAAAAAUAUAUCCCAGUGUACUGAUCUGUCGUCUUGUUUCAGAGCACCUUUUCUUGACACGCAGUAGAGUGGUGCGGGAAUGAGUCUUAAAAUCAGGAAAUGAGUUUGCAUCUUACCACUUCUGGUUAGCUCGUCUGGAAGUCAACGUUUUUGGUUUUUGUUUGAAAUAAGGUCUGUGGCUAAUACAAUUGAUGAAAUGUUCACAUCCUGUUGAUACAUCAGUAAACAUCUACUGGUGAAAAACGGGGUUGCUAACAAUUGGCUAUAUAGAACUACUAGACGUCAUCACGUUGAACAUUAGCCGCCUUUAGCUUAGCGUGAUGUGAAGUCAUGUAGUUAGUUUAUGGCACAGCGUUAGUUUCCUCAUUCUGUGGAUUGUAUUUUUGCUUGAAUUAGCAUAACAUUGGUGUUAACAUUUGGAGUUUAUCCCGCUGGACAAUACAUACAUUUGCUACAGAACUUAUCUUCUUCAAUAUUCCAAAACCCUAUGGAAAAAACCCAUUGGCUUUUUGUUGUGGGAGCCCUUGCGAUGCUAACUUCCAGGUCAUCACUGCACCACUUUAUAAUCAGAAGGACUUGAUAUCAACAAGAGGAGUUGUGUUGGUGGCUCUGUUGUGUGUUUUGCUGUUCCUUUUUGUGAAUUUCUUUUUUACACUGUUUUGUACUACACUGAAUGACUGAUUCCUUCUUAUGCAAGGUUUUGUACACACACAGGUGCCCCUAUUACCACGCUAACCUGCCAGCAAAGCCUCGGGCCUCCACUAUAAUUAAGUUAAAGUAGAGACAUCGUGUACGUCUAUGGACGUGUAACCGUCGUCCUGUUGCCUGUGACUGCUGUUAGUGUUUCUCAGCAGCACUGCCACGUUGGAUAUGUAGAAAGAGAUCUAUAUACUUGCUCUGCAUCCAGUGAGUGCUACUGUUUGUACUCCCAACAAUUAUAUAACUGUUCAACAUUUUCCAAAGUCACCGUUUUAUAUUAUUUGCUCCUGAUCUUUUGCCCAGAUAUGUUUAGAUUAGAUUGAGUCAAUAAUGUUUUAAGUCAGAUAAGGUUUAGGGUAACCUUAACUAUUGGGCAAACCUAAUUUUAUAUUUGUGUCCGUGAUUUUCUGUACAUGUUUAAAACAGCCCCUUAUUUCCUGAAAACCAAAUAUUUUUGAUCAUGUUAUAUGUAAUCAACUGAUGUUUACAGGACACCAAAUAAUAUCUGUUAACUGUUGAACCACCUGCACAAGAAAUAAAGAUAUUU